GAAAAGAUAGUUGAUUAUUCAAUCAUCAACUGAGUUCAUGUUCCAACCUCAAAACUUGCCUGAAACAUGAAAAGGGAGGGAGGGAGGGAAUGGGAGAGGGAGAGAGGUGUAUAAAUCUUGCGAACUGUGGGAUGGCAUAUUGGAGCAAUAUUUUGUUUUGGGGGGAAUUUGAUGAAAAUCUUGGGAUGGCAGUGGAGGGCUAAGAUGAGCCUACACAGCCAUGGAUGAAGUACCUGGCUCGGUGGGGACCAGUGCUAGCUUCUCUUUGAGAUUGGGCCAGACCAUAUUCUCUUCUGCUUCUCUUCUUUUCAUGUCUUUGGGGGUUGAGUUCUAUAGCUACACAGCUUUCUGCUAUUUGGUUACAAUCAUGGGUUUGGUUAUUCCUUGGAGUUUCACUUUGGCACUGGUGGAUGGAUACUCUGUCCUGGUUAAAUGCCCUCUCCGCCAGCCAGGAAUACUGCUGAUCAUUGUCCUAGGAGAUUGGGUCUUAUCAAUUCUCACACUUGCUGCAGCUUCCUCAACACUUGGUGUGGUCGACGUCCUGCUCAAAUCUGAUGCCUCCUACUACCCUAUAAAGUUUUGCAGUAGAUAUCAGAUAUCCGCAGCUAUGGCCUUCUUGUCCUGGUUUCUGUCUUUUGGUUCAUUUCUUUUCAAUCUUUGGUUGCUCCCCACAUUGUGAUCCUCACCUGUUGUUCAAUGUCAAAAUUCAAUAUUAUUCUUAGUGUAAA